CUGGAUGAUCACAGCAUCCAGCAGCAUCCAGCAGCAUCCAGGGGGGUUGACGGGCCAGAGGGAGCUGCUGCCGUUUACACAGUGUUUUUUUGUUCUAGUUGUGGAGUGUGGUAGUCAUCAUGGGGGAACUGUUCAGGAGUGAGGAGAUGACCCUGGCCCAGCUGUUUCUGCAGUCUGAAGCAGCCUACUGCUGCGUCAGCGAGCUGGGAGAACUAGGCAUGGUGCAGUUUAGAGAUCUGAAUCCAGAUGUGAAUGUGUUCCAGCGCAAGUUUGUGAAUGAAGUGAGGAGAUGUGAGGAGAUGGACAGGAAACUGAGGUUUGUGGAGAAGGAGAUCAAGAAAGCUAACAUUCCAACUGUGGACACUGGAGAAAAUCCAGAGGUGCCUUUUCCCAGGGACAUGAUUGACCUAGAGGCCACCUUCGAGAAGCUGGAGAACGAACUGAAGGAGAUCAACACGAACCAGGAAGCCUUGAAGAAGAACUUCCUGGAGCUGACCGAGCUCAAACACAUCCUUCGUCGAACGCAGCAGUUCUUUGAUGAGAUGGAGGAUCCCAACCUUCUGGAGGAGUCGUCCGCCCUAAUGGAGGGCAGUGAGGGGGGCCGCGGGGCCCCGCUCAGACUGGGGUUUGUGGCUGGAGUGAUCAGCAGGGAGAGGAUUCCAACCUUUGAGAGGAUGCUGUGGAGGGUGUGUCGCGGUAACGUCUUCUUAAGGAAGGCAGAGAUUGAGGAUCCUCUGGAGGACCCCGCCACAGGAGACCAAGUCCACAAAUCGGUGUUUAUUAUCUUCUUCCAAGGUGACCAGCUGAAGAACAGGGUAAAGAAGAUCUGUGAGGGGUUCCGUGCCUCGCUUUACCCGUGUCCAGAGACCCCACAGGAGAGGAAGGAGAUGCUGGCUGGAGUCAACAGUCGUAUCGAUGACCUCCAGAUGGUGCUGAACCAAACAGAGGACCACCGUCAGCGAGUGCUGCAGGCCGCUUCCAAGACCAUGCGGGUGUGGUUUAUCAAAGUGAGGAAGAUGAAGGCCAUCUACCAUACGCUCAACCUCUGCAACAUCGACGUCACCCAGAAGUGUCUGAUUGCUGAGGUGUGGUGUCCCGUCUCAGACCUGGACUCCAUCCAGUUCGCUCUGCGCAGAGGAACGGAGAGGAGCGGCUCAACAGUGCCAUCCAUCCUUAACAGGAUGCAGACCAAGCAAACUCCACCUACCUUCAACAAGACCAACAAGUUCACGUCAGGCUUCCAGAACAUCGUUGACGCCUACGGCAUCGGGAACUACCGGGAAAUCAAUCCAGCUCCCUACACCAUCAUUACUUUUCCCUUUCUGUUUGCGGUGAUGUUUGGUGACAUGGGUCACGGCGUGCUGAUGACUUGUGUUGCCCUCUACCUGGUCAUCCGAGAGAGUCGCCUACUCUCCCAGAAGAGUGACAAUGAGAUGUUCAACAUGGUGUUUGCUGGUCGUUACAUCAUCCUGCUGAUGGGGAUCUUCUCCAUCUACACCGGUAUCAUUUACAACGAUUGCUUCUCCAAGUCACUCAACAUGUUUGGCUCUGGGUGGAGCGUCAGGCCCAUGUUUGGUUCAAAAGGAGCUAACUGGUCGUUUGACACACUUGAAGGAAAUGCAGUUCUACAGUUAGACCCAGCUGUUCCUGGUGUCUUCAACGGGCCAUAUCCACUCGGAAUCGACCCGAUCUGGAAUGUUGCCACCAACAAGCUGACCUUCUUAAACUCAUUCAAGAUGAAGAUGUCUGUGAUCCUGGGUGUCAUCCACAUGCUCUUUGGAGUCUCUCUCAGUCUCUUCAACCACCUGUACUUCAAGAAGCCACUGAACAUCUUCCUGGGCUUUAUCCCAGAGAUCGUAUUCAUGGCAAGCCUGUUUGGCUACCUCGUUCUGCUGGUCUUCUACAAGUGGACAGCCUAUGACGCCUUCACCUCCAAGGACGCUCCCAGCCUGCUCAUCCACUUCAUCAACAUGUGUCUUUUCAACUACAGCGACCCCACAAACAAGCCCCUCUACGCAGGACAGAUGGGGAUCCAGGUUUUGUUGGUGCUGAUUGCCCUUGCAUGUGUACCCUGUAUGCUGAUUGUGAAAACUAUGGUGCUUCGGCGUCAGCACCUGUGGAAAAAGCACCUGUCCCAGAAGAGGGAAGAAACCCCUGCAGAGAAUCUAGAGCAGUCUUUAGAGCAAACAGGCGUGUCCUCAUCAUGCACCGGACUCACCCAACAGGGCACGCAGAAGUUUGGAGGGGUGCGGGUGGGCAACGGGCCCACGGAGGACGAGGCUGGCAUCAUGGACCACGACCAGCUCUCCCAGCACUCAGAGGAAGGAGAUGAGCACUCAGAGGAAGAGCCGUUUGACUUUGGUGACGUAGCUGUCCACCAGGCAAUCCACACCAUAGAGUACUGUCUGGGAUGCAUCUCCAACACAGCCUCCUACCUGCGCCUCUGGGCCCUCAGCCUGGCUCAUGCACAGCUGUCAGAGGUCCUGUGGACCAUGGUGAUGCACCUGGGUCUGUCCUCCCGGAGCGGGGGAGGGUUCUUCGCCCUGUCCAUCAUCUUCUCGGCCUUCGCCGUCCUCACUGUUGCCAUCCUGCUCGUCAUGGAGGGGCUGUCAGCCUUCCUGCACGCUCUGCGUCUGCACUGGGUGGAGUUCCAGAACAAGUUUUACUCCGGCCAGGGCUUCAAGUUCAUCCCCUUCUCAUUCGUGAGCAUCCUGGAGGGACGGUUUGACGAGUGAUCUGGCCCCUCAGCCCCCUAGAAUGAGCCAGCGCUCCCCAGCCUUCCCUCCUCUUCUUUGUGUAUAUGUGUUUGUGUGUGUGCAUGAGACCAAGUGCAGCCCUCUUACACCCUCUAGUGGUCAUUUGUGAAACUUCUAUUGUGUGAGCUAUACCAUAAUGUAGUGCUUGUGAAGGGUUUUUCCAGUGCAUAUGUACCAAGCUGUACCCAUACUGGAGUUUGUGUGGCACAGUACCAUCACUGUACUCAGUGCUGUAAGUUUGAGUGGAGGGGGACUGUACUUUUUUUUUUCUUACUUUGGUUGGUAAGGUCUAAUGUGCAACAUUUUAACCAACUUUAAGGGAUUCCUUAAGUAUUAGACCAAGAUAAGGAUAAAUGUUAAAUAUUAAGUGAACAUCUUAAGGAACCUUAGGUAUAUGUACAGCUUGGAACAGCUACGCAUUGGAAUUACCUUUGAAGAGUCAUCCUGCUUGUGAAAAACUGUGUAAUCAGAUACUUUACAUACAUCUGUUGCAGAAAUCCCAGUGUUUACUCUUAAACUUGAAAAUUUUACUGUGCCAGAAUUGACAAAUCAUCAGACAGUGCAGGGGAAGAAGAAUACAGAGACAUAAGACAGAAGAAUUGUUCUGUGACACAUUUGUAAACAGUAAGAAUGCAUUUUAUUGGUAAACACAGUAUUAAAGGUCCAGUCAUGGUAAUUGGCCCUUCCUAAACCCCACCCCUUUUUGGUCUGUGCAACACCAGUUUAGCAAGCCUCGGACAGGACCAGGACAUUUUGACAAUGGAUAAAAGCAACACAUUAUCACAUACAGAUGCUGCUUGCUAACUAGCAAACUAAUCUGUGUUAAUCUUCAGCUAGCUAGUUACAUUUGAUAGCUAAUGUCAGCAAAACGCUAUCUAACUAGCUAAAAUUGAUGUAGCUUAUGGAGCCAGUUAGCUUGCAUUUUACUAACAUUAGCUAACUAAGAUGUGGAUAUCUUACCUUUUAUCUUUUAACCGUCUUUAAAAUGUGGUUGUCUUUACAACAUAGACGAGCCUAGCAUAUAGCAUAUCUAAGUAGCCUACAGGCAAAGGGACAGUUGACUGAGGUUCCAAAAAGGAGCGGGACUUAGGAAGGGCCAAUUGAAACCCACUUCACUCUGGCUGUUUAUACAAUCAGUGUAUGGAUCAAAUGAAUUAUUGAUUUGUUAUUUUCUGACCAUGACUCAGUGUUAUAAGAGAACAGAGCUGUCUGUGAUGAGGUGAAGACGUCCUCUGUAUUGUGAUGAUUUUAACUUCCCCGUGCUCAUUCUGUGUGAAUUGUUGUUGUAAACCAGUUGAAGAACUGAACUGAUACAUUUAGUCUAAAAUAUCUAAGAAUUCUCUCCAGUUGCUCCAGAAAUGUGGGAAAUAAUAUCACUCAUGAAAGAUUUGUCCAUCUUUUGUUUUUGAAAAAUGCACAGUACUUUUUCAACAUAUCUAUCUUUACACAGCAUUUUCAACAGAUUACCACAUCUGGUCACCACAUACAUGAAGAGUGCUACAAAGUGUGAGCCAUCUUUCUUCUGUUCAAACCGGGGCACAGCUCAUAUUCUCAGUAACAGUCAUGUUAGUCAAAGUGAUAAUCAAAGUUAUUGAUAUUGUUUGAUUUGUUAUUUGUGUUUGUUUUCCUUUAAAAAACAUACUUAUUGUUUACAUCAGUUGUAUUUUCAUUACGAUGCAAAAAGGCUGCAGAAGAAAAGAGCCUCAAUAUAACACAUGCAACUGAUGACUGGUGAUAUGUGUUUGUGAUCAGUAAUAAAUAGAGAUCUGGGGAUUCUG